AGUGAAGGAUAUAUUUCUGUGAGAAUCAGGUUAUGAAAACGGUUCCUCUUUUUACGGUUGUGUAAAUUUUUCGGUCUGUUUCUUAUUCUACAAUUUUUAAAAUAACAGAUAUAUCACAGUUAACAUAUUUGAACUAAUAAUAAAUAAAUGUGAAUAUUCAAAAUGAACAGCGAAGCAAAUGCUCGCAGAAUUGCAAUGGUUGAAAGCUGUUUUGGCAGUUCAGGCCAGCCCUUGGCUGUUCCUGGUAGAGUACUUGUGGGUGAAGGAGUUUUAACAAAGAUGUGCAGGAAAAAGCCAAAAGCUCGGCAAUUUUUUUUAUUCAAUGAUAUAUUUGUUUAUGGAAAUAUAGUUAUAAACAAAAAAAAAUACAAUAAACAACAUAUCAUUCCACUAGAAGAAGUUAAGCUUGAAGGCAUAGAAGAUGAUGGCCAAUUUAAAAAUGGAUGGUUUAUAAGAACAGCUUCAAAAUCUUUCGCUGUCUAUGCUGCAACAAGUACAGAAAAACAAGAGUGGAUGGCCCACAUAAAUAAAUGUAUUGAAGAUUUAUUGAGAAAAAGUGGCAAAAAAGCAGUAGAAGAACAUGCAGCAGUUUGGGUCCCAGAUGGGGAAGCAAGUGUUUGUAUGCAUUGCAAAAAGAGUCAGUUUACUCUAAUUAACAGAAGACACCACUGCCGUAAAUGUGGGGCUGUGGUUUGUGGACCAUGUUCGAACAAGCGCUACUUACUACCGAAUCAAAGCUCAAAACCAUUACGUGUUUGCUUACACUGUUAUGAUUUAUUGAGUACAGCAAAGAACUCAAAUUCAAACGAUAAAGAUAAGCCGGUUGGGGGCAACGCCGAUACUUCAGGGGAGGAAGAUUCAGACGAUGACGAAGAAGAAAAAGGCAAGGGACAACCAGAUACUCACGAUACGCCUAAAUUCUAUGGCGACAAUGAAAGAUCUGACGAUAACCAUUAAGACCGUUUCAUUAACGGGGCCCAUAAGAAUGAGAGAGAAUGUUAUAAUUAAUACAUCGUGGUGGUUUAAUUUUGUAUAAAAAAAAUUAGCGAAUUUAUUAUAACGACACAUGUUAAUACUUAAAAAGAAACAAACCCAUUCCUUACUUGCACUUUGUUUAUAAUUUCAUAAAAUGUAUGUAGGUAUUUAACUUUUCAUAGUUCUCGUUCAAUGAACGUUGAUGAUAUAUGGUUAAUUUAUUAAUUUAAAAAAAGUUAAUAAAAAUUUAUUUUAACAAUUAAUUUAAAAACAUGUGUAAAAAGGGAAAUUAAACACAUAGUAAUUCCUAUAAAGAAUUAAUCGUAUGUUGUAAACUAAAGUUCUAAAGCAAAUUUGCUACUGCACCAUUUGAUGCUGGAAAAGACCAUAGGGUGAUAAACAUAGUGACUGUCCGUGUAGGAUAUCAUACUUUUAAAAGUAUGGGUCAUAGUAUUUAAUAAUAUUAUUAAAAGUAUAUUAUAUCC